CAAAGUGUACGCAAGUGGCAAUCCAACAUUCUGUGCUAGCAAGUUAGCCGGCCGCUAGUACCUGCUUGUUCCGCAUCAUGUUCAGAGCUGCCGUCCGAUUCUCAGUCUCCGGUGCCCGGAGUUUAACACGGUCACGGCCAUUGUAUCAAGCUCCGUUGGUCUCAAGGUGUUACUCUCAUGGGAAAGUUGAGACAGAUGAAGAGUUUGAUGCCCGUUGGGUCACGUAUUUCAAUAAGACAGACAUUGAUGCAUGGGAACUGAGGAAAGGGAUGAACACACUGAUUGGGUACGACCUGGUCCCCGAACCAAAAAUUAUUGACGCAGCUCUGCGGGCCUGUCGAAGAUUAGAUGAUUUGGCUAGUGCAAUUCGGAUUUUGGAAGCUGUGAAAGACAAAUCUGGCCCUCACAAAGAAAUCUAUCCAUACCUGAUUCAAGAACUGCGCCCAACUCUGGAUGAGCUUGGGAUUUCCACACCUGAAGAGCUUGGCAUUGACAAAUUAUAGAAGGUUUUCUGACAGCGGUUGAUGUCGUUGGGACAUUGGAGCUCUGUACUUGUUAUUGCUUCGUUUAAUCCUGUGUGUGGUAUUUAAUUUUUACUUUAUUAAGUUCUUAUGCUUGUAAACUAUUGAUGGACCUAAUAAAGGAAAUUAUCUGUGUUGAAAA